AUGCUGCAUAUUGUUUAUAUUGUUAUCUUUUUGCAACUGGGUGCAGUGAAAGAGGUCAUGAUGCUUUUGUAUCUGAAGAAUGCUCCUGACAAUCUCAAACUCACAUAUCCUGAUAUUAAAAAAGAUAUCAUUAAUGCAGCUGCAAUUAAGACAACAAAGGCUAUCAUUACAGAUUUGGGAGAUGAUUUGUUCUCUAUUUUAGUUGAUGAAUGUCGAGAUGUAUUAGUUAAAGAGCAAAUGGGAGUUAUCAUAAGAUAUGUCAAUGGAUCUGGAUGUGUCAUUGAAAGAUUUAUUGGUCUUGUGCAUGUCCAUAAUACAAGUGCAGCAUCUCUUAAAAUAGGUAUUCAGUCUUUGCUCUCUACUUAUGGCUUGAGUAUAUCUAGUUUGAGAGGUCAAGGCUAUGAUGGAGCUAGUAAUAUGCGAGGUGAAUUUGAUGGCCUUAAAAGUUUGAUUUUGAAGGACAAUUCUAGUGCUUAUUAUAUCCAUUGUUUUGCUCAUCAACUCCAACUCACACUUGUUGCUGUUGCUAAAAAGCAUUCAAGUAUAGGUUCUUUUUUCAAUACUGUUACUUGUUUGAUCAAUGUUAUUGGAGGUUCUUGUAAACGUAGGGAUAUGCUUCGAGAAAAGCAAUUAGAUAAAGUGUUUGAAGGAAUUGCAAAAGGUGAAAUAAAAACUGGACAAGGUGAAAUAAAAACUGGACAAGGUGUAAAUCAAGAAAUGACAUUAAAGAGACUGGGAGAUACUCAUUGGAGUUCUCAUUAUGAUACGCUUAUUAAUUUGAUACAUUUAUUUCCUUAUAUCAUUGAUGUUUUUGAGUAUAUUGGAGAAAAUGGUAGUGAUGAUCCACAAAGGGCUGAAGCAAUUGAUUUGCUAGAUAUUAUUAAUCGAUUUGAAUUUGUUUUUGUAUUGCAUCUUAUGAAAAAAAUUUCAGGAAUCACACAUGAGUUAUCACAAGUUUUACAAAGAAGGGAUUAA